AUGUCAGAUGACGAGGACUAUCAGCAGGCGGCUCUGAAAGCCCUAGAAGCUCACCAGAAAGCUUUCGAGAAUCAGUUCGCUCCUCCUCCCUCCAAGUCUGCGAGGGAAGACCAAUCCAGCGACGAUAGCCACGAUAGCGACAAUAGCGAUGAUGGCAAGAGCAGCGACGACAACAACGACAACGACGAUGGCAGCAUACAGAGUUUCGACAGUGACGACGAUAUCAUCGGCUCGGAUACCGCCGCUCAAGUCGACGAUCUGUUUAAUGUCGGAAAGCUGAAAGGAAAAGGCAAGCAGAAAGAGGAUAGCGCACCACGCAACGCUCCAAAUGAGCCGCAGGUCGUGGUUUUCGGUGAGCAGGCUGGCGCGUCUGCACCUUCCACCCGAGACAGGGACAGCAAGAGGGCGCAGAAAGCAUUCAUGUCUUCGAAGGUUAACAAAGUCCAGCAAGGUCCUUCCGAAGGCACAAAAAGCAAGCAGCGCAAACCAUCUCAAAUGAGCGACGCAGAUAGAUCCAAUAUAGAGAAUGAUAAAGAAUUAGAACAGCUCCUGCACUCGCAACUCUUCACUGCGCGUGAAAACACAAAAAACAUGAAAGCUGGCGAUAAGAUGAGGAUGUAUGAAGGCCGUUUGCUUGAAAUAGCAGGUAAAGCAGAUGUCGGACGUGGCGCUGCCAAGUUGAAGAAAGCGGAGCAUAAGAAAGCAUCUGGUGUCGUGCGUACCGGCUUAGAGAAACAUGAUAAGGAGAUGAAGGUGAAUGAACUCCAGCACGCUAAGGAUCUAGGCGUCUACGACAAAUCUCUCAAGCAUCUCUACGAAGGCGCUGAAGGAAAAUCCAAAGCUACGAAACGGUCUUUCGGUAGUCUCAACGCUGAUCGCGAUAAUAAGAGACAAAAGGGUCUGAGUAUGGGUGUUGGUAAAUUCAAGAAUGGCAUGCUGUCUAUAUCUAAAGCUGAGAUCGAUUCCGUCAAUUCCCAACCGAAAAGGAGGGGUAAGUAG